UGAUCUAGCCUUACUUAUUUGGCUUAUCUGGAUGACAUUAUGAUGUUGGACAUCAUCGCACGUACCCUACGUGACGGGACAGCGACAGUCUAUUAGAUGACUGAUCGUACGAUUAUUUAUAGAAGUCACAUGAUACCUGUAUGUGAAAAAGGCUGGAAGCAGCAAGAAAGAAGAUGAAACAUUUAAUUCUUGUAAUUAUUUUCGCUACGUGUUUAGAGAAUAUUGAUGCUUUCGUGGGACAAAGAUUCUGGAAGUACAGACAACAGGUUGAGGAGGCAAGAAGGAAGAAAGUUGACUUGCAGCUAGCACAGUUAUACAAACAGAAAGGUUAUACACAAAGCCCUGUGCAAACAUACUAUCUGGAACAGCCUCUAGAUCACUUUAAUGCAAUAUCAAAGGAACUUGGCAAAACCUAUAAACAGAGAUACUAUGUAAAUGCAGAAUACUGGUUCAGCCCCAAGAGCCCAGUGUUUCUGUACAUUGGAGGAGAAGGAACCCUGAGCUCAAGAGAUGUUGAGGCUGGUGAAAUUGUGGAUCUUGCAAAGAAACACGGAGCUCUCCUUGUUGGAGCGGAGCACAGGUUUUAUGGUGCCAGUCUGAAUGAUGAUGGUCUCCAGCUGGAGGAACUUCAACAUCUCUCCAGCCAACAAGCGCUAGCAGACCUGGCAAGUUUUGUACAUCACAUCAGGGCAAAGUAUGACAUUCCUGAUUCUUCACCUUGGAUCUGUUUUGGUGGCAGCUAUCCUGGAGCUCUGUCAGCCUGGUUUAGGUUAAAGUAUCCACAGUUGGUACAUGGUGCAGUAGCCUCAUCAGCCCCUGUGCAGGCAGUAACAAACUUUCAGGGAUACAAUGAAGUAGUUGCAGCCAGUUUCCAGAGUCAGCUUGUGGGGGGCUCACAAGAGUGUCUGGACAUGAUAAAGAAAGGAUUUCAAAUAAUUGACUCUAUGAUAUCAGCUGGACAGUUUGACAAGCUACGUUCUGACUUCAAAUCUUGUAAUAUGUUGUCUAUGAAACCUGACCAAGUUUUGUUUGUGUCCAACCUGGCUGGAUAUUUUAUGGGCGUAGCACAGUAUAACAAUGAGAUUCCAGGACAGAACAUCUCACAUGUUUGUCAAGUAAUGCUGGCAACCAGUGACCCUUAUGCAAACCUAAUGUCACUUAAUCAGGAGUCACUUGAUCAGGCAAAUGAAACCUGUAUGGACAAUUGUUUUAUGAAUUAUACAAAGACAAUGACAAACACCACAGUAGACAGGAAUGCCACGGGUCCCGGAAUCAGGCAGUGGACAUACCAAACAUGCUCCCAGUUUGGGUAUUACCAGACCUGUGAUGUUAAUACAACAUGUCCGUUCUCUCACUUGAUGGAUCUAUCAGACAGUGAUAUACAGCAGUGUGGUUAUAUCUUCAAGAUUAACCCCUAUGAUGUUGACGAUAAUGUUCAGUUUUCCAAUGACUAUUAUGGAGGGAAUCAUACACAACAGUCAAAAAUUGUGUUUGUUAAUGGUUCAGUAGAUCCCUGGCAUAGACUUAGUAUACUAACUAACCAAACAGAGAUAGGGACAUACAGUGUGUUUAUACCUGGUACAGCACAUUGUGCAGAUCUCCGGGCACAACAUGAUAGUGACACUAUAGAGUUACGAGAAGCUAGACAGCAAAUAGCUGCCUUAGUUGGGCAGUUCCUAGAAGAGGCUUACAUGAAGAAACACUGAUUUCCAGAAAAGAGGGAAAAUAUGCCGAAAAUGUGAUCUCGUAAAGAAAGUGCCAGAGAAAAGUGCCAAGUCAUCCACAUUCCUGCUGCUGAAAUUUAUAUAUCUAAAUAUAUGCUAGCUUUGCUUUAUUGUCUUUCAUUAUGUUUUGAUGUUAGUGUUUAAGGUAUUAGACCUGUAAUAGAGUACCUCCUUUUUGAAGAGUAUUCAAUUCCUACCAUAAACCUAUUUUAACUGCAAUUUUCAGGGGGGCAUAGGUUCAAGCCCCACUGGGACCAAAAUAUUUAUGCCCCCGGCAUCUACUGAUGCGGGAAACAUGAUUGUCCUGUCUGUCCGUUCGUCCGUCAGUACGAGGUUAACCAAAUAGGACCGUUUCGUCUAGCAUCAAUACCCCUUACUAGAAUCACUUGAUACUAAUGCAGAUAUAACCUGUGACCAUUCCUCAUCUUCAGACAUCACCUGACCUCAGUUUGACCUUGACCUUGAACUUGACCUUGUUUUGGACUUGGGUUGCUUUGUAUCAACAAGGAUGCCACCGGGGGCAUCAAGCGUUUAUUGAACGCAGCUUCUUGUUUUUCCUUAUUUUCAUUUUUGUCUAUUAAGUUUUUACUUCUUUAAAGACUUAUUAUUGAUUUAAUGUACAAAAGUGGAAAAAUUCAAUUUUAUAAGCGAUUUCUUGCUGUUCAAAGGGAAUUUACCUCUGAAACAGAAGGGUUAGAGUUAGACAUCUUUAAAAAUACUGAGUUACAUGCGGUAGAAGUUCUCUGUUUUGUAUUCACUCUAGAUUACAUAUUGUGGAAGAAAUACGGGCAGGUUUUACUUCUGCCCCAAGGUUAUUUUUGAAUGAAGUGAGCAAAAUUCAAAACAGGCCCGUAGGAUUCGACCUUAAUUUUUCAAUGUUGGAGUUAGAAUUCUGUCUCAUUAAAUCCGUUUACUUAAGGCAACCUAGAAAUAAAUUAUAUUGACAGUUUUAUUUUGUGUUUUAUAAUUGUUUACCAAUAGUUUGAUGUUUCUUUUAUCAAAAUUAAUGGUAAAAUGAAUUCUCUGCGAACGUUUUGGAUAGUGGCCAUCACUUUGAAAUACGUCUCUACUUGAGCUUGAGGAAAUAUCAUGAAUUAUACAAAAUUUACAAAAAAUGGCAUGGUAAAAGUUGUUUAAAUAUUGCAACACAGUGCGAAACAUGGUCAACUUUAAGAAUAAAGCAAGCAAAUGCCAUUCUUUAAACAUUACUAAUACCUUAAUAUCAUUUUCCUUGUUAAAUACGGGUAGAAGUUCGUAUGUAGCCUAUAAAUAUUGUAUGUGACACAAAUGAAUCAAGUUAAGAGAGCUUUGUAUGUGACAGAUUUGUAAUAUGAUUUUAGUACAGUUUGAAAAAAAAACCUAGAUGCAAUCGAAAUUUUGAUAAUUUUGCAUUUUUAUGCUCCACAUGUAGCGUUGCUGCAGUCCGUACGUUUGUACUUACGUCCCGAAAUCUUGUGUCCUUCUCUUCCCACACUUUUAGCCUGAUUUGCUCCAUUUUUCACAGAUGAACAAGCUUGAUGCGCAUAUCACCUGACCAUAAAGAAAGGAAAUUUGCUAUGAAUAUUUUGACCGCAGUCAUAGCCUUUUGAUAGUUUUGCUUUGUAGAAUAUAGAGAAAAAUCUUUUGUGUCCAACUGCUCAAAAACUGUUGAAAGGAUAUGCUCGAAAGUUUCACAGCUGACGGACCUUCAUGUGAAGAUGACCAAAUGCAUGUAAAUGAACUUUUUUCUUUGGCUAUUUUCUUUUAUAGAAUUAUGGCCCUUUCUUAAUUUUACAAAAUAGCCCAUAGUGAAGAAAUUUGGUGGGUUCAAUUUCCCUGACACUUUUUGAAGGAAUGGAUUUAAAGUUGCUCACAUGCAUAACCUUAUCUGAAUAUAAUUUGCUUCAAACUUUUAGUUGAACAUCCUUCAUAUGAAGAUGGCUCUGUACUAAAAACUUUGCUAUUUAGAGGAUGGCGCAGUAUGUCGGUGCAUCCAUAUCCUACAGACACAAUUCUAGUUUCCACUCUUCAUUAAUGUACCUCGACAAAUUGAAUGGGAAAAAUACAGUUUUGUUUUUGAGGGGAUACUUAAAGUUUUCAUUUCUUAAAAAUAAUUGAUUUAUUAUAAAAAAAUCAGAUGUACAGCUGUGUUCUGUAAUCAUUAUACCCUGUAGUAUUACAAAAUAAAUUGAUGCGAAUGUGUGUAUCAUAUAUUUAGAUAUCAUUCUUCAUUGAACAGUAUGGCCAUUCAUUCAUCUGCUAUUCAUUUGAUAAACUUAUAAGGGCAGUAUAAUAACAAAUACAGUUUUGUAACAAUUUGAAUGUUUUCAUACUUCCAUUAAUUAUGCAUAGUAAUCUAACCUCUGCUGAAUGUAAUAAUGAUAUUUGUUUCUCAGACAAUGUAUUUUUUUAGAUAGUACUUGAUCAAUAUUGAAAGUUCAUAGUCAAUAAAUACAGAAAUUGG